GCGCUGGGCCCGCCUCGGCAGCCGCCGCCGCUGCUGCCGGGGAAUGAUCUGGGCGGCAGCAGGCGGCCUCGGCUAGCGGCCACAGCGACUUCUGCGGCUGCCCAGAGGAGUAAAGGUCGCCAGUCCCCGUGUCGUCCCCCUCUCCGCCCCCCAGGAGGGGCGAGAGGGAGCCUCGGCUGAUGUCAGAAAUACACUUUCGGGAAAUGGCCUCUAAAUCUUGGCUGAAUUUUUUAACCUUCCUGUGUGGAUCAGCAAUAGGAUUUUUUUUAUGUUCUCAGCUAUUCAGUAUUUUGUUGGGAGAACAGGGUGACACCCAGCCUAAAAUUCUUCAUAAUGAUCCUCAUGCUAGGCAUUCAGAUGAUAAUGGACAGAAUCUUCUAGAAGGACAGAUGAACUUCAAUGCAGAUGCUAGCCAACAUAAAGAUGAGAACACAGACAUCGCUGAAAACCUGUACCAGAGAGUUAGAAUUCUUUGCUGGGUUAUGACAGGCCCUCAAAAUCUGGAGAAAAAGGCCAAACACGUCAAAGCUACAUGGGCCCAGCGUUGUAAUAAAGUGUUGUUCAUGAGUUCAGAAGAAAAUAAAGACUUCCCUGCUGUGGGAUUAAAAACCAAAGAAGGCAGAGAUCAACUAUACUGGAAAACAAUUAGAGCCUUUCAUUAUGUUUAUGACCAUUAUUUAGAAGAUGCUGAUUGGUUUUUGAAAGCAGAUGAUGAUACAUAUGUCAUAGUGGACAACUUGAGAUGGCUUCUUUCCAAAUACAAACCUGAAGAACCCAUUUACUUUGGGAGAAGAUUUAAGCCCUAUGUAAAGCAGGGGUACAUGAGUGGAGGAGCAGGAUAUGUACUAAGCAAAGAAGCCUUGAAGAGAUUUGUUGAUGCAUUUAAAACAGAAAAAUGUACACAUAGUUCCUCCAUUGAAGACUUAGCACUUGGGAGAUGCAUGGAAAUUAUGAAUGUAGAAGCAGGAGAUUCCAGAGAUACCACUGGAAAAGAAACUUUUCAUCCCUUUGUACCAGAACACCAUUUAGUCAAAGGUUAUCUACCCAGAACCUUUUGGUACUGGAAUUAUAACUAUUAUCCUCCAGUAGAGGGUCCUGGUUGCUGUUCUGAUCUUGCAGUUUCUUUUCACUAUGUUGACCCUACAACUAUGUAUGAGUUAGAAUACCUCGUUUAUCAUCUUCGUCCAUAUGGUUAUUUAUACAGAUAUCAACCUGCCUUACCUGAAAAUAUACUAAGGGAAAUAAAUCAAGCAAACAAAAAUGAAGAU